AUGUUAUCCCAAUUAACCAGAAAUAUUGCCAGACCGCAGUUUGUGCGUACAUUUAGAACGUCGAUGCCUUCAUUUGUGGCAGUCGGGGAUAAGAUCCCAAGCACUACAUUAUUCGAAUCAUCGCCAGGUAACAACGUCAAUCUUGCCGAAGAAACCAGCAACGGUAAGUCAGUUAUCAUUGGUGUUCCAGGAGCAUUUUCUCCAGCAUGUUCGUCCUCGCAUGUACCAGGAUUUUUGAGUAAAUUACGUGAUUUCAACAAUAAAGGAUACCAAAAGUUCUUCAUUGUUUCAGUUAACGAUGCAUUCGUCAUGAAAGCAUGGGGUAGCCUGUUGUUAGGGAAUAUUGAUGGAGACCAAAUUUCAUUUUUGGCUGAUCCUCAGGCGGAAUUUGUCUCUGCACUUGACUUGAAGUUUGAUGCCACUAAGGCCUUCGGAAACGAAAGAUCCAAGAGAUACGCUUUGUUAGUGGAAGAUGGUAAGGUCACGGAGACAUUUGUGGAACCAGAUAACAUCAGUGUUGAUGUUUCUGAUGCCGAAAAGGUCUUAUCUCAAAUUUAG